AUGGCUAACAAAAUUAAGCUAAAAAAAGACAAUAAAGAUACAUUUUGUCUAGCGUAUAAUCAUGUGUCCGACACACAGAGUGUGAUUGCAUUAGAUAAAAUAUUGAUAGAAGGUGUUCAGGCAAGAGCUGAAGACAUUCAGCCUAAAAAUAAAAAUUCUUCAGUUACAUAUCGAGUGCACGAUGUCAAGAGUCAAAAACUUGAAGUUGUAUCGAUAAUUGAUAUUGGAAACCGUCCUGAUCUGGAGGAAAAAUUAAAAAAAGCAAGAGGACAAGGAAAACGCAGAAAAGUUCCGAAACUCAAAAAUUUGACACCCCUUGCUCGUCCAAACCUGAAUGACGAUGAAGAAAAUGAAGUAAGCCAACAGGAGGAAGGCAUAGGAACCGAAGAAGAACAAUUUUUAACCGACAGCGAUCUGUCACAAUUUGAUAAAUCAAAUUCGGUCAACACUGAAGACCACAAUAAUACAAAUCUGAACAGUGAGAGAUUUCAAAAAAUUGACGACAGUAAAAUAAAAAAUAACCAAGAGGUGAAGAACAACAAUGACAGUACAGUUCAAGUUGGAUUCAACGCUCCAAAAAAUAAUUCGCUCAACACUGAAGAAGAAAAUAAUAUACAUAUUAACAGUGAGAGUCGUCAACAAAUCAACGGCAAUAAAAUUAACAAUAGCCAAGAGGUGAAAAACAACAAUGGUAAUACAGUUCAACUUGUGCCCAACGCUAAAAAAAAAAAUUUGAAACAAAUCAGAAUAAUUCAAUCGUUGCCGAUACGAACAAACGAAAUUGAAUUAUUGGAAUUAGAACAAUCACUAUUAAAAGAAGAAAGAAAUAAAAUAAACAACAGAUAUUUGCAUCAAGCUGAAAUAAUAAGAGCGCUAAGGAAAAAGAGCAAGAUCGUAAAAAUAAAACUGGAAUUUCAGAAAUCUCGGCGAACAUUCAGCAGUAUCUCCAAAACAUAACAAGUAAUGUUAGUGAGCUGAUAAAAUCGCAGGCAGUGAAGACAACCGAAGACAGAUUACCGAAUAUAAGAUCAGUAAUUUCCGUUUCUAAGUCAAAUGAUUCAACUUCUAAAGCAAAUAAAAUUUCCGCCGCUAGACCAUCGGGUCCCCUUAAGACUGCAUAAUAAUUGACUCAACGACAAAAUAUCAUAUAACUUCAUUUUCCG